AAACUCUGACCACCAAGCUCAAGUCGACAAGCCUAGAACCCGAUCGUUGCUCAAUUUUCUUUGCCUACAAAUGGCAAUGGAUGGGUGGCUUUGUUACAUUUAUGAUCUACAUGGUCACGACAUUCUCUCUUUACGUACCGGAUUGGAGUUUCGUGGUAUACCACGAUCAGAAGCCCGAAAAAUUCACU